AUGGGAUCAAUCACCGACAAGGACAGCACAAAGCAUAGCGUCGAAGUACAAAUGUCUCCAAGACCAAGUCCCAUUGGUCUCGCGCAUAUCGUUCUCCGCUCCACGCCAACCAGCUAUCGCAAAAUGGUCACAUUCUACCAGGAAUUGCUCAACGGCGAGAUCAUCCUGGAAGAGAAGACGUUCGCGUUCCUCCGCUACGACUACGAACACCACCGCGUCGGCAUCCUCAUGACACCCGAGACACAAGCCAAAGAUGGCUCCGACGUUGCUGGUCUCGAGCACGUUUCUUUCACGUUUGCAACUUUGACGGCCAUGGCGAGGGUGUACCAGCAUCUCAAAAGCCUGGGCCAUGAGCCGUAUUGGGCGGUCAACCACGGGAUGACGAGCAGCAUGUACUACCGCGAUCCCGAGCGCAACAAGGUCGAAAUCCAGAUUGAAAAUUUUGACACGCCAGCGGAAGCGGAUGCGUUUGUCAGGGGCCCCUUGUUCAGGGAGAACCCUGUCGGGACGGAUAUUGAUCCACCGGCGUGGGCAGAGAGGAUUUUGAGCAAGAUGACCCCGGACGGGGAGGAGGGGCUUUCGGGGGAGGAAAUCAGGGAUAUCAAGGUGAGAAAAGAGAUUGGGCCGAGACACGAGAUCCCUUGGGUUGCGCUUGCACCGUGA